AUGUCCAGCACCACCAAAGCAGAGCAAGAUGAGCAAAUUGACUCGGAGCCUGAGAAGGAAGAUAUCACGGAUGGCAAACUGCCCAAAUAUUUAAAAUGCAGUUAUCUUGACGCCGUUGUUGGCAAAGAGAUACACAACUACUGGGGAAACCGAGUUUUGGAACAUACCAACUCCCAUGGCGAAGUACUCGCACUAAAAGUCAGCAACCCAGAUGGCAUUGACCGCGCUCAAGCCGACAUGAUGCAUUACGCCGCAACGCAUGGCGUGUUAGCACCCAAAGUCCGCGGAGUCUAUGAUGUUAUAACCAGACGGCCUAUUGCACGUGUUAUGAUCAGUGAGCGUGUCCCUGGUGUACCGCUCGUUGAUGUAUGGCAGAACAUGUCUCAAGCUGAGCAGGCUUCCAUCAAAGAGCAGCUCCGAGCUCAGAUAAAACAAAUGCGUACUUUGAUACAGCCUUACAUAGGCCGUAUCGACAAACAACCUACCCGCAACAUAUACAACACCACAUUUGUUAGGCAUUGUGGCCCCUUUGAAGACGAGGAGUCUUUUGAUGAAUGGUGUCUGGCAAGACUGCCAGGUGGAAGCUUUCAACGCUGGAAAUGGAAGAGAGUCCUCGAAAAGCAAAGACGUAAAUCAACUGGACGUUUCGUUCUUACUCAUGGUGAUCUUUCACCGCGCAAUAUCAUGGUUGAUGGAAGUACCAUCACAGGGAUAAUCGACUGGGAGCUGAGUGGGUUUUAUCCAGAGUAUGUGGAAUAUGCGGUAGCCAUGGGUCUUGGCCCAGGGAUAGAAGAAUGGUGGGUUCCUGUAUUGAAAGAGGUACUGGAACCAUGCUCGACAGACCUAGUAAAGUUCACAGAGCUUAUAGAAGAAAGAAUGGGAUCUUACUAG